UGGUCUGAGCAGCCGUGGUGUUUUUGCAGAAGCAAGGAUCAGAAACUGGAUGCUUCCCUGUUGUUUGAGGUGAAAAAAUGGCUGAUUUCUGCAGGAGGCUCUGGGUGCUCCAGGCAAACCUGUGGCUGAUGGCCCUGGCUGCAGGUGGGAUCUCAGCAGCCGGGAACAGCACCAGUAACAGCACAGAUAAUGUGUGCCGAAAGCUGCACCAGCACCCGCGCUAUGUGGCGGCCAAGAGGAACACACCCGUCAACUUCAUCUGCUACACCCAAGAGCCCCAGAGCAUGCGGUGGUACAAGAUGUCGGAGGACAGCGAUCAGAUCUAUGUGAUGGACCAGAGCACCUCCCGCUUCAGCGUCGAGAGGAAAGAAAACUUGGUCAACUUCACCAUUUUCAGGAUCAGAUACGAGGACAACGGCAUCUACGUGUGUGACAUGAAGAACCUCACGUCGGAGAACAAGCGGCCGCAUAUGUGCGGGACAGAGCUCAGAGUCAUGGGUCACAGCAACAUCCAGCAGAUCCAGAGCAGAAACACCCUGAAAGAUGCCAUCAUCAUCAUCCAGUCCGUCCUGCUGGUCGUCUUCAUCAGCGUCCCCAUGCUCCUCUUCCUAGACAAAGGUGAAGGCAAAGAGAGCCCUGAGGAGGACCACACCUAUGAGGGUCUGGAGGUGGAGCAGAUGGCCACCUAUGAGGACAUCACUCCUUUCCGUGACGUGAAGGCCAAAUGGACAGUCGGGGAACACCCAGGGGAGGAGUGAGGGGUCCCACACCCACCACCAGCCUGGCACCGGUGGCAACGCUCCCUGCCAGCACUGCGCCAGUGCCCCGUGGGGACAGGCACCCGGGUCCCGAUCUGCCACCAUGGACCUCCAGCUGCCUCCAGCAGCCCUGCACAGAGCUCGAGUCUUGCUGCCCUUCGGUGCUUGCUGCGCCCCCCCAAGACUGUCCUGUCCCGGCUGCUGCUCUCACUGUCCCGCUGCUGAACCCCUAAAGCCCACGUAGAUAUUAGGAGCCAACCCCAGCCCCCAGGUUGCCAGCAGCCCCGAUCCCCAGGCAGCCCCACAUCAUGCUCUGAGCUCCUGCGUGGCCAACACAAUGGCAGUACAGUGCUGGGUGCUGGGGCUCCUCUGUGUCCACCACCUCCUGGAAGGAAAUGACCACACUUGAUCGCUGCAAGGACCCUUGUGGGCUGUGAGACCCCACUGGGGGCCCUGUACUCCUGGCAGUGGAGCCAAGGUGAGCAGCACCAUGGGGGUGCUAUAAGUAGAUUUGGGGCCAUUGUUUAGCUCUCAACCAUAGACGUGCCCUGCAGGCCAAGCUGGAAGUUAUACAAGCUGGAAGAUCAUCUGAAAUUGCCUCGUUCUCUCCAAAGACUACAGAAAGGUUGGGGAGGCAGCCCCCACCUGGAGGGUCUUGCACAGGGCUUGCUCCUCACCAGGCAAGAGCUGGCCUGUGUCAGAAGGACGUCCCCUUGGUGAGGGACAAGUGCAACCUCAGA